AUCCAAGAUGGUGGUUGAUGGUGCUGGCACGACAGAAGCAUCGCCGAACAACGCAGCGGUCGCACCAGCAGCGCAGACGAGGGUCACCAGCAACAGCUGCAGCAGCACCAGUGUUUCUCGGCAAUGGUGUCAGUGAGGAUGGUUGUAGUUGUACUCGCUGUGGUGAUGCUGGUCAUCCCAUAUUCUUCCGUGGCUACUGCUGCUUCCGGCCGCAGCAACACAAGCCCAGAGGAGCAGCCACAGACGCACACGCAUAGCAACCCCGCGUUGUGUGCCAGGGUGCAAGCGACCUUGACUUCGCUCUCUGGUCUUUUGGACAGCCACAACAUCACCCACAACCUGCACGCACCGGCUGAUAUUGCUGGCACCAAUGCCGCCGCUGCCUCACCUGCUGCUGUUUUCAGCCACAACAGUCACAGCGAGGCCGACCUCUCUGCGCUGCAGGACAUGCUGUCCACCGUCUGUGCCAACGACAAGUCGACGUCAAGCGAGUCAAGCGAUCCCUCGUCGCGGCAGCUGCGCGACAAGGCUGACGGCAGCGUCUCUCACGCCAGCACUGGCACGGCAGAUUCCACAAUCAACAGCAACCGCGGCACGUUCGAGCCUCCAACAGAUAUGAGCAAUGGCAUCGAGGACACCAACCCACACAACACUGACACUGGCACCACCAUCGCCACAUUAGGGACUACGGCGACGACGACUGCCACCACCAACGCCACCACCACCAACACCACCACCAACACCAACACCAACACCAACACCAACACCAACACCAACACCAAUGUGGGCUCUGAUUCGUUUCUCCCUGCGCUCCGCUCGCGACGGGCAGAGCCGGUCGACUGCAACAUGACUGACGCGCCCGUAUGGGAGGUUGCCAUGGCGGACGUGUUGCAGCUCAAGCCAAAGGUGACGCCUGAUAGCGACUUGGGUGCUGGUGGUGCGCUGCGCAUCACAUUCACAGCCGAUGAUUUCCCACCACUCUCCUCCAACAGCGGAGAUGAUGGUGAUGCCAGCGCAUACCAAGAGCAGGUGGCUGCCCACCUGAGCAGCGUGGUCAACGCCUUGCAGCCAUGCAUGCUGAAUUGCUCCGGUGACAUUCGGUCAGACAUGCUGGUGUGGAUGCUGCGCGCGGCCGAUUGGUCCUCCGUGGCCACUGUCAACGUUCGCGGGCUCUCCACCCCAAAUUUUGCCCUGUCCUUCCUCAACGCGUUCACGCGCCUUGAGGUUCUUCGCUUCCUGCGCGGCACCAUUGGGCAGCUCACCCUGGCCCCAAUGCCGGACGAUCCAGCCGCCACCAUCGGCCCUCACACAGCACACAACGCAACCGCAACAGCAACAUCAACAGCAACAACAGCAGCAACAACAUCAACAACAGCAACAACGUCAACAACAGCAGCAGCAACAACAACGGCAGCAGCAGCAACAACAACAUCAAAAGGCAAAUCACCGUCGUCGCAGCUGGUGUUUGCUGGCCAGCUGCGUGAGCUGGAGCUGAGUCGCAUGUCUAUCCUUGCGCUUCCCCACGGCAUGUUUGAAGGCAUGACACGGCUGACAUAUCUCAACAUGGACCGUAACCAGCUCACUUCACUCCCGCGUGGCAUCCUGCAUCCCCUCACGGCCCUUCGUGUUCUCUUCGUUCGCUUCAACCGCCUGCAACAACUGGACGAAACAGCCUUUCGCGGCAUGACGCAAUUGACGGAACUCGACCUGUCCUUCAACGAUCUGCAGCGUCUGCCCCCGCUGCUCCUGCACCCGUUGCCAAGACUCAGCCGCUUUGCGCUCCGCAAGAACCCGGUGUACACGCUGUACCCCACCUUCUUCCGCAACAACACCAUGCUGGGCAGGCUUGAUCUUGCCCACGCACGCCUCACGUCGCUGCCAGACGGGCUGUUUGCCACCAACACUGCCCUGUUCAACGUUACCCUGAGCAACAACGCCAUCACUCACCUCCCGCCCACCCUCUUCCACGGCCUCACGGCGAUACAAGACCUUGUGCUGAGCAGAAACGCCCUCGACCGGUUGCCUGCAGGCAUGUUCCGCGACCAGACGAAGCUGGAACGCCUCCGCCUCAACGACCUUGCCCUGCACACGAUUCCGCCCGAUCUGUUUGCGACGUGCGUGAGCCUGGUGCAGCUGACCAUGCAACGCAACCAGUUCCGCACGCUGCCCGAUGAUGUGUUUGCCGCACAGGCCAACCUUCGUCGCCUCUUCCUCAACAACAACCGCUUCACGCACCUCAACCCGCGCUGGCUGGCGCCCCUGACCAAACUCGAACGCCUGUUCCUCAGCAACAACGCCAUCACGGCCCUGAGCGCACCCCUCAACCUGCCCGAGCUCGCGUAUCUGCACAUGGACAACAACCCCCUCCAACGGCAGCCUGACCUGUCACAGCUGAAGCAUCUGCAGGUGCUGCAGCUCAACAACCACCACCUCACUCGCGUGGACCUCACACCACUGCUGCUCCUUCCCAAACUGCAGAAUGUGGAGCUGGACGGCGGUGCGCGCCAGCCAACGCUGGCAUUCCUGGACGAGAGCCAGCUUGCGUCAUGGCAGGGAGGGCGCCUGACCGAACUGCAUUUAAAACGCGUGUUGCUCAGCAGCUCACUUGUGGCUGCCAUGGUGCGCGCCAACACGAAGCUGGAGGUGCUUACGCUCGGUGUCCCCGCCAUGAACGAGACGAGCGUGCCCAUCGCUGACCUCUGCAUGCUGCUUGCGUCGCGCGUGGAGCUGUUUGGCCUCACCGACACGACAUACACCAGCAUCUCGCUCUGCCCCAACAGCGACCUCAACGCCGUCUUCUUGCAGGACAACCCGCUCCUCACCUCCCUCACCGUGCGCGACGACCUACAGCAGCUCAACGUGUCUGGCUGCACGCAGCUGACCGACCUGACCAUUGCCUCUGCGGAGGUGUUGGACGUGAGUCACACCCUCGUGCCACCAACGCGUGCCAUGUGCGUGACGUGGGGGUCGACAUUCUUCCGCGCACGCAACCUCCGCAGCCCGUUCUUCGGGUCUGACCAGACCACGCGCAACCUGUUUGAGGCGUGCCUGGACAACGCCGGUGUUGUGGACCUGUCCGAGAAUGCCUGGCUGAACAACCUGGGCGUGAUUCGCAUCCCCGCGGGCCGCAUCACACUGCUGACGACAACAGCGCUCUAUCGUCCACUGGACUUCUCCACGUCGCUCAACACACGCGCGGCGCCCCCGCUUGUAAUCCUCGAGCGCAUGCCCAUUACCUGCAGCAUUGUACUGCUGAACGUCGCGGUGCGUGCUGUCAGUGACGCAGGCGCGAUCAGCAACGAGGUCGGGUACUAUGUCGACUGCCGCUGUGCUGCUGCGCACUCGCUCGACGCACACAGCCGCUGCCAGCCCGACCGUCCUAAUGUCCUGGCCAUCGUGGCGGGCUCUGUUGCGAGCGGGACGGUGCUGCUGGUGCCGCUCGUGCUGUUUUUGUACCGCCGCUAUCGCCGUGCACACGUGAGCGAUGAUCUGCACAAGAAACUGCUGUCUGAGCGAGAUGAGGAGGUCUUGGCGCUGAAGAAGGUGUGGGAGAUUGGGCACGAGGAGCUGCGGUUUGAGAAGUGCGUUGCGUCGGGGGCGCACGGGGACGUGUGGCGGGCGGAGUGGGACGCCGUGCCCGUGGCGGUGAAGGUGCUGAAGCAGAACGUGAUGCUGUUUGACGAGAGCACGGUGGCAGAGUUUGAGAAGGAGGUGGAGUUUCUGCGCUGCACGCGCCACCCAAACGUGGUGCGCUUCUUUGGCGCCGGCACCCGCCCCGGUGGCUCCCCCUUUCUCGUCCUCGAAUUUGUCGCACACGGCUCCCUGCGCGGCCUGCUUGGGAACCAUGCGCUUGAGCGCGUACUGGAGGAUACAAAGCGCGCAUUGCAUGUGCAAGGUGUGGGCGUGGCUCAGCGUGGGGCUGGUGAGCAGCAGCCCACUGUAGCUGACAUGCUUGCAAGCACCGACCGUGAGGCGUCACGCAUUGCGCAAGACACGACAGUGUGGGAUCUCAAGUUACAGCUGAUUCGGGACGUCGUUGCUGGCAUGGCGUUCAUUCACAAGCUCAACCACGUGCACAGAGACUUGAAGAGCGGCAACGUGCUGGUGUCCAAGCAUUUGCGCGCGAAGAUCACCGACUUUGGAACCAUUCGCCAGCACUUGAAGCCAACUCGAGGAAUGCAAUCGACAUCAAUCACAUCAUCGGCGCCAGGGCACCACACGAAUGCUGCUGAGAGGCUGUUCAGGUCCACAUCGAUCUCAUUUUCGCGUCGACCGACGCUGUCCAAGAAACCAACACCGCUCGCGAGCUCAUCAUCGUCAUCAUCACCACAUUCAACAGUAAGUACACCAGCAGACACGACGGGAACAGCAGGUCACAGCAAUGGCGCAGCACUGCAGCCAGCAUCACGAUCAUCAUCAUCAUCGUCACGAUCAUCGUCCCCGUACACGACGGCGACCAAGAUGACGUUGCUGGGCAAAGGCUCUCCCCUUUCCACCGCACACAAUGCAUCGUCACCAUCGACAUCGACAUCGACAACUGGUGGCGUGAUGUAUUCUCGCGAGGCGGGUGGCAGGACGAUGCACUUGAGCAUGACAGCCAACAUUGGCACGCCCAUGUACAUGGCGCCGGAGGUGCUGAUGGGCAGCAAGUACGACGCAAAGGCAGACGUGUUCAGCUUUGGCGUUGUGCUGUGGGAGGUCGCAACGGAGCAGCAACCUGAUUUGAUUGCGCAGGAAUUGGGCGAUGAUUUUGUGGGCUCCCUCUUCCCAGCUCUUCUCUCUUUGUUGAAGGCUGGCAAGCGUCUCUCCUUCAAAGGACACGAUGCCAUUCCCGACUGGUACAAGCAGCUGACGGCUGCGUGUGUGUCUGCGAAUGCAACGUCGCGCCCGACGUUUGAGGACCUCGAACACAACGAUGACCUCAAGCACCAGCUGUAACACUAUUGUGUGUUUGGCCUGUGUGCACUUGUCUGAUAUGUCGUUCAACUUACAUUAGUUUUGCGUCUCAACAGUUCAAUUUUCGCGUUUCUUUCUCUUAUCAUCCCCCCCCCCUCUGUUUCUUAAUUCAGCGAAGCUGCUGCACGUUUCUCGUUUUCGCUCUCUUCCGCCCGCUUGCAGUGUUAUCAUGUUUUUUAAGGGGUGUGCUUCAUUGUCAGAGUAACGAGCAAAGCAGGUUUCCACCACUCAAGAAGAGCUAUGUAAGUAAGCA